AUGCAAAUUUCGAAUCCAGGUGAAGGGCUUCUCAAAAAGAGCCUCAAAGUGGCGUGCAUUCAAAUAUCAAGUGGUCCAAACAAAGCUCGCAAUCUUGCAAAAGCCCGAGAAAAGGUUCUCCAGGCAGCAUCCGAGCGUGCCUCUCUCAUCGUUCUCCCGGAGUGUUUCAACUCCCCCUACUCUACAGCAAGCUUCCGUGAAUAUGCAGAGCCUCUGUCUCACUCAAUCGAUCCUCAAGAGUCACCCAGCUUUGCUGCACUAUCAAAAAUGGCCUCCGACACCGGCACUUUUAUCAUCGGCGGAAGUGUUCCGGAGCGUGAUCUAUCUGGCAACAUCUACAACACAUGCGCAGUAUACUCGCCUCAGGCCAAACUACUAGCUUCACAUCGCAAGAUGCAUCUAUUUGAUAUCAAUGUUACCGGGGGUAUCUCGUUCUGUGAAUCAGACACCCUAUCUGCUGGAAACAAAAUCACCAUUGUCGACCUAGAGGGGUAUGGUAGAAUCGGGAUUGGAAUCUGCUAUGACAUGAGGUUCGCUGAGCCAAGCACCAUCGCAUCGCGCCAGGGUGCAUUUGCACUAAUUUACCCUUCAGCAUUCAACACCACCACCGGCCCUCUUCACUGGGAGCUUUUGGGUCGUGCCCGUGCGGUCGAUAACCAAGUGUAUACAAUGCUGUGUUCGCAGUCGGGAGAUCCAGCCUCCUCUUACCCAGCUUGGGGAUAUAGUAUGGUUGCAGAUCCGAUGGGUCAAAUUGUUGCAAAGACAGAAGAAAAGGAGGAUAUUAUUUAUGCCACUUUGGAGCCUGGAGUCAUCACAAAGAGUCGGGCGGCUAUUCCUAUUACCUGUCAGAGGAGGCAUGAUGUAUAUCCCGAUAUUGCGAAGCUGGUUGAUCUUCAAUAG